AUGUGUGGCUGUCCCCGCAGCUACAGCUAUUCUGUAUCGCCCCUGACGCCACCGUACACUCCGCCUUCCAGCGCGCUCCCGCGCGCGCCCGCCCGCCCAGCCACUACCACCACGCGCCCGUGCUGCCCGAGGCUUCAGCGCGAGGACGCGCCCAUUCCCCCCUCCCACCCACCCCCCAGCAGGAGAGGCCCCGGCUCCUCCAGCUUCCCCACCUCACCCCACCCAAGCCUACAGGCUGGCCACUCCGGCGGCCCGGCGCCCGGAGGCCCCCUUACCCCGCCGGCACUGGCCAGCCUCCCCUUCCCUGCCCCUGGCUGUCCACACCCACGCGUACAGAGGGGCCGGGGCCUCCCUCAAGCUGCGGCCUCGGCCUCCUCCCCGCGCGGCAGCUGGUGCCUCCCCGGCCCUACGGGGCUCACGCGCACGACACAGCCACAAGAUGUCCGCUCUGACGGAACUACUGCCAGCUGCCACGCUCCGCCCCUCCCCCCUCCUCCUGCCUCUUCACCGCCGCGUAUCAGUCCGCCAACGCCGCCGUCGCGAGCACGGCACAAAUCUAAGGGUGGCGGGGGACGGUUUACUGCCCUCGGCCAGAGCCGAGCGAAUCUGGGCCACCCCCUUUUCCUUCUUUUCGGAACAGCACCUUCUUACUAA